GCCCCCUAGGACGUGCUGCCCGCGUGCUGUGCACGCGCUGCACGCCCGCUUACGGCGGGCCUGGUAAGAAGAAGCAAUCAAUCUGACGCGUUUACGAAUUCUACCUAUUACAGCUAAAUGGUGUUGUUACAAGCCAUAAAAAGGUAGGUACAUGUACCUACCAUUUUGAAAGAACUGUCAAUAAUGGAAUGUUAAAUCAAUGCUUGUCAUUUUGUCAUCAUACGAUUCUAUUUUCUCCUUAAUUUACUGUAAAUAAAUUAACAUUUUUGAUCAUGGAGUACUUUGGAAUAACUAUGUAUGGUCCCCAAAAUUAUAUGCACGAUAUAAUGAUAGAACAAUAUCAAGAACCUAUGUCUAAAGAAGAAGUUAAACCUAUGAUGGAAAAAGUCAAAGAGUAUUCUACUCUUCCGAAAACUAUACAACGUCCGGAUGCAGACGUGAUCAGGCUUAUCGAUGUGUACAUAGGAAGAGUCAAUGGAUUCGCUUACGGUUCUACGGGCAGAUUCGUCAAAAUGAAGCGUAAAGGCGUUAUGAAACCUCCUUACCCUUGUGAUAUGUACCGGCUCCCGCCUACUACAUAUAUGGAGCUUGGAUGGUGGCUACAUGAUCCAGCAAUAGCAAACUCGGAUUGGCAUGUGACCAAGCCAAGAUUCCCGCAACCUGCGUCACCGAACACUUUGAUUCUAGAUAAAGUGCGAAGAAAUAAUAAAUAUGCCACUCUUUUCUGAUGAAUAAAAACGUACAUUGCCUUAAUAAAAAUUGACUUUAUAUUGUA